CUCUCUCGCUCUCUCUCUCUCUAAACCCUACAAGGAUUUUGCAUCGUCCGUUUUUUUUUUCAGUUUGAGCAUCGAGGAUCGCCACUGCAACUUCCUCUGUAGGGUACUGAUGAAAAUUUGCAGCAAUAUAUUCACCUCGUCUGUCUCUCUGAUCGCAGCUCGGGGUUUGUGCUCCUGUCCUUGGUCCUGAAACAGCUUCAGCUUAGCUUUUACACCAGAACAUUAUAUUAUAGAUACACUUUACUGUAGCCUUUGCUCAGUAGUGUGUAUUACCGUAGGGUUUCUUCAAAAUGAUUUAUUUCAAAAUGAUUUUACAAACAAUUUAAUAGAAGUUAUAACAGGAUACAGAAUACAAAUAACCACAUAUUUAGGGUUUGUUUAAUUUGUAUCAUCGUGGUUUUAAAAAGAGAGACAGCGAGAGAGAAAAAGAAAAAAGCGGAACUGGAGAUUGCUUCCAACUUCACACGUCCUGAAGAAAGAAGAAACUUUCUCGGACAUUGGAUGAGUAUCUCCUAAGCUCUGUUGGAUGUUCCUACUGGAUAGGCUGUGAUUGUCAUAUUUUUUGAGUCGAACUUGGUCGAACCCAAAUGAGAGUUUGAAAGCUCUGGCCCGGGAGGAAGCGCUCUUUUUUCCCCGAUGGAGGCGUCCACCCACGGCUCGUGCUCCGGUUCCGGCUUUGGCAUCGACUCUCUGCUGUCCCACAGACCCGGAAGUCCGGUGGUGGUCGUCACCAAAGGUAACGGCAGCUUGGAGGGAGAAUGCCGGUCUCCGCCGGAGUUCAGCGCCGCGUCGGACGCGGAGAGCGUGUGCUCGAGCCCACCGUCACCGAGGCGCGAGGAGCGCGAGGAAGAAGAGGAGCGCGAGGCGCACGAGCAAAGGCGAGGCCGCGCGCUUACGCUGCCGUCACACACACACCAUGGCCCGGUGUCGGCCGCUCCCCAGCCACGCACCGUCACCUCCUCCUUCCUGAUCAGAGACAUCCUGGCCGACUGCAAGCCGCUGGCCGCGUGCGCGCCGUAUUCUAGCAACGGGCAACCGACGCACGAGGCGAGCAGGUUAGCUUCUAAAGUGGCGGACGAGUUCAUCGAGAAAAUCCACAGCAACUCGUCCUCAGACGGAGAAUACAACAAAGUAAAAGAAGAAGGAGACAGAGAGAUUUCCAGCAGCAGGGAUAGCCCCCAGGUGCGACUGAAGAAGCCAAGGAAAGCGCGCACGGCCUUCACCGAUCACCAGCUCGCGCAGCUCGAGCGCAGCUUUGAGCGCCAGAAGUACCUGAGCGUGCAGGACCGCAUGGAGCUCGCAGCCUCUCUCAACCUGACCGACACGCAAGUGAAGACCUGGUACCAAAACAGGAGGACAAAGUGGAAGAGGCAGACUGCGGUGGGACUGGAACUCUUAGCGGAAGCCGGGAAUUACUCGGCCCUACAGAGAAUGUUUCCUUCGCCGUAUUUCUACCCGCAAGGUCUUGUGUCGGGUCUCGACCCCGGAGCGGCCGCGCUGUCCUACCUGUGCCGGGGCGCAGGAGCUCCUCCCCCCGCUGCUCCUGCGGGUCUGCAGCGGCCACCGCUCGUACCGCGGAUUCUCCUGCACGGGCUGCAGGGCGGACACGAGCCUCCGCCGCCUCUCCCCCCGCUGCCCGGUGUGGUACUGCCCAGACCCACCCCACCUCGAUGAACUCUCCCGGCUCGGACUAUAGUCUUAAGACCAUAGACUGGAACUUGGUCUAUACUUAUUAAAAUACACACACACACACACAGACACACACACACACACACACACACACACACACCUGGCAGCUCUGGACUUCAACCGAGAAUAUAUAUUAUAUCAUAAAGCCAAUAUAUAUGCUUCUGAAAUGAAGAAGCAAACUCUAAGUUGAUGAUAUUGUUAUCGCUAUUAGUCAUACUUUAUGUAAUUAUUUAUGCCCCUUUUUUGUAUUUAA